UUUGUUUGGUGGGUCCUUCCUGCAUCGUUCUCUCUGCUGCGUACUCAACACUCUCACAACGUCUUUAACAUCACACUCUGUAGUGAACUGUGUCUCGGACACGUACAGUUAGAACAGUUUAUCGAGAUUCUGGUUGAACAAUCACUGUUUCAAUUGAUGCACGUGAUUUGAGAGGGAUUGCGCUCAAAAAUAGAAUGAUAAAAGAUUUUAUGAUUUGGACAACAUAAAUGUUGGCCUCGCCGGGAAGUUUCUGAGGCGAAACAAAUGGCUAAGGAGUUCUCGACCUGCGUGGAGUACGGUCUGAAGCUCUCACAGAGAAUAUACUACGGGAAGGAAUCGGCUUCUUCUUCGGCUCCUGUGGUAGUUCCAGCGAUGUCGAAGUUCUCGGCGGAGGGGUACUUGCCAUCUGCGCCGACGGUGUACGCGGUGGUACCCGAGCCUGAGGUGGUGGACAACCCGGACGUUCCGAGCUACCAACCUUACGUGCACGGCCGGUGCGUGCCUCCGGCUUUGAUACCUCUGCAAAUGCAUGCGGUGGCGAUGGAGAUCGAGAGCUACUUAGACACUGCGUUCGUGGCGGUGAGCGGGACGUGGCGCGUGCAUUGCGUGAUGGCGAGCCGGAGGUGCGAUUGUCGCAUUGCUGUGCCGAUGGGAGAACAGGUGGGUUCACUUCUAGGUGUCGAGGUUGAUGUUAAUGGAAGAUCUUAUCGUACUCAGUUGAUUCGAAUGGAAGAUGUAAAAGACAUUGAGAAAAUGACAAAAUGUGAAGAUGGACGUUUCAUCAAAUGCCAGAUAUACACUUUAAAAGUUCCACAGGUUGAUGGAGGCACCACUCUCUCGAUUAAGAUGAGUUGGUCUCAGAAAUUAAUAUAUCUUGGUGGCCAGUUUUGCCUCAAUGUACCUUUUAGUUUUCCAGCAUAUGUCAAUCCCGUUGGGAAGAAAAUCUCUAAAAGAGAGAAGAUUUUUCUCAAAGUGAACUCUGGUACUGGGAGAGAAUUGUUAUGCAGAAGUAUCAGCCAUCCUUUAAAGGAACUAACACGAGAAGUUAGUAAAGUAAGUUUCUUAUAUGAAGCUGAAGUACCAGUAUGGUCAAAUGCAGACUUCACUUUCUCUUAUACUGUUAAUUCGAGUGACAUUUUUGGGGGUGUGCUCUUGCAAUCUCCAUUUCCUCGGGAUUUUGAUCAGAGAGAGAUGUUUUGCCUCUAUCUUUUUUCUGUAAAUAUCCAGAGUAGGAAGGUUUUCAGAAAGGACAUUGUUUUUCUUAUUGAUAUAAGCGGGAGCAUGAGGGGAGAUCCUCUUGAGAAUACAAAGAAUGCACUAGUGGCCUCACUCUCCAAGCUCAACCCUCAAGAUAGUUUUAACAUAAUAGCUUUUAAUGGAGAGAUACACUUAUUCUCAUCAACAAUGAAGCUGGCAACCAUGGAAGCAGUCUCAAAUGCUACAGACUGGGUUGACGUUAAUCUUGUAGCAGAUGGUGGUACAAACAUUUUGCUUCCUCUAAAUCAGGCAAUGAAGUUGUUGGCUGAGACUACCGAUUCAAUUCCUCUCAUUUUCCUCAUUACUGAUGGUGCUGUUGAGGAUGAAAGGAAGAUUUGCAAUAUUAUGAAAGGCUAUCUCAAAAGUGGGGACUCAAUUUGUCCUCGCAUAUGUACUUUGGGCAUAGGUUCGUAUUGUAAUCAUUACUUUUUGCAAAUGCUAGCACACAUUGGGAUGGGUCACUAUGAUGCAGCUUAUGAUGCAGAUACAAUUUACUUCUUGAUGCAAAGACUAAUCACUAGUGCAUCGUCAGUCAUUCUUGCCAAUGUUAAGAUGGACACGUUAGAACAUGUUGACUCACUUGAGUUGUUUCCUUCUCAUUUUUUGGACCUUUCGUCUGGAAGUCCCUUGAUUCUAUCAGGAAGAUACAAUGGAAACUUUCCGGAAUCUGUUAAAAUUAGUGGUACCUUGGCAGAUAUGAGCAAUUUUGUAAUAGACUUGAAAGUGCAAAGAGCAAAGGAUAUGCCGCUUGAUAGAAUGUUUGCAAGAAGACAUAUUGAUAUACUCACAGCUCGUGCAUGGUUGUCGGAAAAUAAAGAACUGGAGGAGAAGGUUGCCAAAAUGAGUGUCCAAUCUGGAGUUCCAUGUGAGUAUACUUGCAUGGUUUUUGUUCAGGAUGAUGCAGGGAAGAAAGCACCCGAACUGCUUUGGACACAAGAGGCAAACAGCAAGCUAAAACAGCAAAAGCAGGUGGAGGUGGAGGGCCUGAAGAUAAUGAUCCUGGGGAAACUAGGGGUCGGCUUUGGCAACUUGGCUGCAACGGCAGGGAACAUUGUACCUGGAACGGAAGAAGCCAGUUCAUUUGAUCCUGCACAACUGUUGAUGAAGACUGCUUCCAACUGCUGUGGCCAGCUACUUGAUCGCUGCUGUUGCAUGUGCUUCAUUAAGACUUGCUCGUAUAUGAAUGACCGGUGUGCAAUAGUUUUCACGCAGCUCUGCGCUGCUCUCGCUUGUUUUGAGUGUCUCGACUGCUGUUGUGAACUCUGUGAAUGCUUGUAAUGAACAGCGUAAAUCCGGUGGAUCAUUGAAGAAUUCAGAAGGCACAAACCCCGAAGUCACCUUAUAAGGUGAAGUCA